CCUAAAUCUGUGCCCCUCCCCCAUCUCCGGCCUGGCCCCGCCGGCCGUGAGUCCUGGGGGUGGCUCAUAACUACCGCCCGCGCCCGCAAGUGCUUCUCCGGCGCAGCGAGCGCGGCCAGCCGCCUCCCUCCAUGCUCCGCGGUGAUGCUGCUGCUGCUGCUGCGCCCUCCCUGCGGGUAACAGCGCCCAGCGCCUUCCGCUCCGGGCAGCCAAGAUGUGGCAGAGCGUCGGGCUGACGCUGCUGGUGAUCGUGGCCACGCUGGCCUGUGUGCUCUUGUUCAUGCUGUGCGGUUGGUAUGUGGUGUGGCAACUGUUUUUAUCUAAAUUCAAGUUCCUGAGAGAGUUGAUAGGAGACACAGGAUCCCAGCAGGGGGAUAAUGAGCCUUCAGAGUCUGAAGCUGAACAGGAGACUCCACCCACUCCACAGAGAUGUAGACAGAAAUCGGCACGGCAAAGAAGGGCACCAGCAGAAGAAGCAACUUAAAAAGAUAGUCAACUAUGAACAGAUUAAACACUUCUGCUGCUCUGUGUGAUUCAGCGGUUUGGUUUUACUAAAAACAAUGGGCUGAAAAAAGCCAAAUACCUGUGAGUCUUUACUUUUGGAUUUCAGAUAUACACUACUUUAGUAGCGGUUCAGGAAGGGCUUUAAUGGUAAGCCAUAUAGAACUAGAAAAAAGAAGGUGGGGGAGAAUCUCUCCGCCUGGAAAAGGCUGAGCUGCUGUAGCUCCCGCCCUUGCAAAUGGAUGCGGUUUCCUGGUCCCUAGACCUAGCCUUUCCAUUCGUCUGAACAGGGUAAGCAUGUCAGACUGGAAAUGGUUCCGAACUUUAUUUUUAUUUCACAGCACUGCAACUAGUUGUAGUAAAAUUUAAUUUUAUUUCUGCAUUUCAUUCAGCUAUAUAAAUAUAAAUAUAUAUAUAUUCUUCAACUUGUCAAUGCAUGUAAACUUGAAAGAUGUUCAAAGGAUAUCCUGCUUGCACGGUAUUCUAAAAUGAGGUUUAGUAACCUUUUCUGUACAUGAGAGAAUCCGUACUAGAUGCACGUGAUGUGGAGGUUGUAACUAUCUCCUUAAAGAAAAACAUAAUCAGGUGACCAUACCUGGCUUCUUGGUUUUGACACAAGAAGGGUUACAGGUAAAACUAUUCUGCUAGACGUCUGUGUUUUGUCAUCUGAAUCUCUGACUCCAUUUUUACUGGAGAUGGGGAGGUGCAGCAUGGGUUAAGUGUCUUCACUGUUCAGUAUCCGAAAGUGGCAAGCACAGUUCUAACUCACUUUAAAAUGUAAACAUUUUUACAUCAGGUAUUUGGUACCAGAUUUUUUUUUUCUGGCGCCAUUUAUUAUGAAGAAUUUGUGACCAAUUUGGUGGACACCACUUUAAUAGUAUUGUAGCAAUGUGUUUAGUACCUCAUGUUUGGUGGUGGUGGUUACUGGUUGUAUCAGCAAUUUAGCAGAUUCUCCCAGUUCUUCAGUACCUGAAUUGUACUCCAGGUGAACAUCCUUUUUUUAUUAUUAUUUUUUUGCAUUGUACUUCAAGCAAAAUUAAAUCCCACAUUGCAGCAAUCUAGCAACUUUGUAAACUAGAGUUUAAUGUGUAUCAAACAAGGAAGAAUAAGCAGGUGCUGCCUCUGAAGGGGGAUGUUGGGGGAUGAAGCUACAAAAAGAACAGUGUCUGUGUUUUGGAACAAGCUCAUUUGACUUCCUUUCAUAAACUUUGGAUGCAUCUUGUUGAUUUGUUUAAUUUCUCCUUAGUUUUCCCUGCAUUCAGAUUCUGCUCUACAGGAAAAUGUCUUAAAACUACAAACUAUGAAUCCUACAUCUGUGGACAAACUCUCUUGAACCUCUAGUGACAAUAGCAAUGCUUAGCUCUUUGAUAGAAUGAUAGAUAGAAUGCUAAGCAAUGCUUAGCUCUUUGAUAGAAUGUGCUCUUCUCCUAUGUCUGGGAGAAGAGCACAUUUUUACUGCCUUUAUAUUCUAAUUUAUCUGUGGAUAUUAUUUGAAAGCCAAUGUGUUAGGAUUUGAAGAUGACAGUAUUCACUGAAAUAUACCACAAACAGCUGACAUAAACUUUCUUCCUAAUGUGUCAGUGUUAAAAUAUGUAAUGGAUGUCCUUGACCCUUCCCUGCAAGUUCUGUGUUCUUUCUUUGUUUACCAGCAGGUAUGUAUAAACAUGCUUUAUUACAGGAUUACACUUUCAAGCAUGGUUACACAUCAGUUUGCACAUAUCCUCAAAACACAUGUAAAACAUAUUAAUAGUUUUUCCUAUUCCAUACUUCCUACUGGUGAGAAUGGGAACUGGAAAUGGCUAUUGAUUUAAGGUAAUAUCCCCAUUGUACUGUAUUCAAACUGUUCAACAACAUUGUUUCCUUUUCCUGCUUGUUUCAAGUGUUUGCUGUUAGGACAUACUCAACAGUAUAGUCCAUUUGAUGUUCAGUAUACCUUCAGCCGAACAGUUCUAAGCAGAUUUGGGAGCACUUUUCUUAAUCUUUUCAUUAAGAACAUACGUUUUUGUAAACUCUCAUUAAUUUUAGUCUGCAAAAGGACUAUAAUCUUGAUAUAAAGCAUUCCUACUAUAUGUACGUUUCAGUUUUAACUGAAAUAUAAGUACACAUAGGAAAUACACAGAUAGCAAAAAGCUGACAUUUCUAAUCUCUCCUGCUGAAAGAGGUAAUGGAAACCCACAGACAGGCUCUAAUUUCAACAGCUGUGGAAAAAAUGUGAAAUUACAGCUAUACAGAUACCAAGCAAGGUAGCACUCGAAAGUCCUUGUGCCUCAUGCCUUGAGUAAGUUGAUGAGGGAAACCCAGUAAGUUUCAGUGCUGACACUUCUACCUGGAAGUGUGCAAUAACAUGGAAAUUAAAACUAAUGAAUAUAGAACUCUGGGAAGCAAGUUUGUCCUGCCUUUCUGAUCAACAUUUCCCCCACAUGGAGUUCAUCUAGUCUGUCUGUCAUUUUGUGAAAAAUAGCCAACACUCUUACUAAUUAAUAAUGCUGAUGUGACCUACUUGCCAGUAACACUAAAUCCACCUAUAACGUAACAUUCAUGCUCCUAGUAGCAGCAUGACAAUGAGAUUUAUAUUGUAGAGAUAGUGUGAGUUGUGUGGCUUCGGUGAUGAAGAUGUCAAUGUAUAAUAUGAAUAGGAGAAAAUAAAAAGGGUUUUCUGCACAUGUCCCAUGUGGAAACUUCGGCAUAUUGGGGUUUUACACACACCUAUAAAACAAGGGUGUAUUUAUGUGAACAUGUGCCUGUGAGCAGGUCCAAGGUAUUAAGUUUUACCAGUCCAAUAGAACUCAUGUUCUUGUCUUCAAAAAAUUUUGUUUUGGACUUUUUUUUAACAAUGUACAUCUAAAGUAUUUUAGUUGUAGCUGAGCACUUCGUUUUUAAUUAAUACAAUUCUAAAAAAACCAUUUUGUAAGGCAAAAAUAUAAAUGACUGAUUUAAUCUUUGUUUUAAUUAGAUUUAUUUUUAAAUAUAUAUGCCUUAUUGCAACCAUUCUACUGAAUAUACUGGUUGGUUUUGGUCAAUUAAUUUAAAAUAUAUUCAUAUCACUUUUGUAGCAAUGGUUGAGUGAGCAGCAGUUAUCUGCUUUGUAUGUGAAACACUUUAUUUGAAAAGGCUACUGCCAGGGAUCGUAGAACAAGCACAUAAUAUAGGCUGGUUGAAAAGAGUAGGUAAAUAAUGGCUACAAAUUCAGGAGAAAACUGAGGACAGUUGUAUUCUUGUAGGAUUUUUCUUAUGACUAUUGCAAAAUUCAGACCUGUUAGGAAGCCAUUAUGAUUUUUAUCAUGGUUAUUUAACACCUGCCCACAAGGCUAAUUCUAUGCAGUUCAUUCAUUAAGCACUGCUGCUGUAGCUAUUUGCAGUAAAUGCUAUAUACUGCGCUGCAAUCAGUGAGCAACUUGCUGCUUAACGUUAGGUUUACACUGACCCAGACCUAUGUAUGUUUCAACUUCAGUUUGUUUGGCAACAGCCAGAAUAAAGAAUGUGUUUAAUAUAGUCAUUUGCGUCUUCAGUGUUAACUGUUAAAAGAUACUGUACCUAAUGCUUCCGUGGUUUGUCUGUAUUCAUCAUGUUAACUGUUCUUUUAAACUGACUGCACAGAUAACUUAACAAAAACAAAAUAAAAUACACUUGAUAUGAGAA